AUGGUGGCCUUGUGUGAGUUUAAGCACCAAAAACCACCAACUUUCAAGGGUGAACCAGACCCGGUUGUAGCUGAACAAUGGUUAGAUGAAAUCAACAAGAUACUAGAUGCCCUUAGAAUUCGGGAAAGCGACUCUAGAAUUACUCUUGCUGCUUAUCAAUUUACCGUAGAAGCUGCCCAAUGGUGGAAGAUGGUUAAGCGAUCUUGUAAUGUGGAGACUAUGUCUUGGGAUCAGUUCUGCAAAAUAUUUCUUGAUAAGUUCUUUCCCCCUGUGCUGCAAGAAGCUAAAGUAGAAGAAUUCAAUAAGUUGUAUCAAGGGAAGAUGUCAGCAAUGGAAUAUGAUGCCCGGUUCGCAGAAUUGUCUAGGUAUGCUCCUGAACUUGUGUCAACAGAGGCUAAGAAAGCUCGUAAAUUUGAAUGUGGGCUCCGACCAAACAUUAGAUCAAAAGUGUCAGUUUUAAGGCUGCCAACUAAUGCUAAAGUACUUGAAAGAGCUUUGAUAGCUGAAGCAGAUUGUGAGGAGUUUAAGAAAGUACGUGAGAAGACUCGACUGUAG